AUGUCACAGGAUCCUGAUGAUACUACAGAGACGCUGACAGAGGUACAAUCGAGGCAUCCCCAUCAAUACCUCCGGCAUUUCUAUGGACAAAACCAGAAGGCUCAAAAGUCCCUAUCCUCCCUAUCUCAAGCCAACAAAGGUCUCAACGACAAGCUCGUCAGCAAGCUCUAUCACAAAGUCGACCUUCACUCCAUUGAGGCGUUCAAGAAAUUCUUCAAAUACUUUACUCGAUCCCAAUUGGCGGUCAAGAAACGAGAUCUUCAGUCUCCACCUGUAGAGGCUCAAUACCAAUAUGGCAAGCGUCACGCAUACCUUACUGGAUUGAUCGAGCAUAUGGACGUACGGCUGAGCCACAAAAACACUUCUCAAGCUCUGCGCUGGAUCAAGCGUUUGAAAAAGGAAUGGGCUCGAAGACCAAACACGACUCUAUGCCCUUGCUACAUCCACCAGCCACUAUCACCGGAAGCACCUCGGCCUACCCCAUUGGGCUUAUUGCUGCAAUGCGUUCAUCCCAAAUGGCUUUCACUCGGUUGCGAGCUGAAGAUGGAUGAGUUCAGGCGUGUCAACAACCUCGAUAAGUGUCAGACAGAGAGACGCUAUGGAACAGGAUACUGGAAUCUCACCUAUUCUACCCUGGACAUUGAGUCAUACAUGAGGGCAAUGUCUUCGAAGUCCCUCAAUUUCUUCUCGCAUGCCCCAAUUGUGAUGAUGGAUGCGAGAAGCUAUGUGUUUAAAGCAUGCCUUCCCGAAUUCAGCUCUGCGUUCUACAAUCUCCCAUCUCGAUCUCCUGCAGAAAACAGACCACUCUUCAUCCUCUCGCCUCUUUCUCAUUGGACGACACAACAUCCAAAAUAUGAAUCACUCGCUUUCAGACUCCGCGCUCAACAAAAGUACCGACAAAUCCGAUUGCUGAUCAACAAGAAACCUCCCAUCACGAAGGGAGAUGAAUGGCUUGACUGGAUCACUACCAAAGGUGCCUGGCUGCAGAAAUUGCCAGGGACUUGGGAAUCGUGGCCUCUGUCAAAACAAGAGAUUUUUACCGCUCGACUCGCUGAAAAGAUGGAUCCAUUGCUAUUCUUGCUUGGCGCAGUCGACCUUGGCGGCCUCGAAAACUUUUCACCACAGGCGAUUGAGGAUAUCAUCGAUAUGAAGUGA